AGUACCGGGAUGAAAAACUUUACGCCAGAAGGGGGAGCCGCGUCCUCGGCUUCCAGAAGGCACUCCAGCACCAAGGAGCCCUGCCUUGCUCACGCAGAGGACGCUCCCGCAUCCUCGCGGCCCACUGCUGCCUCCGGAGCCACGGAGACCCGCGGACCUCAUCCGGGCGAUGCUGCCCGCCACGGCCAGAGCAGCAAAGCAUCUGGAGCGGAGGCGUCGGACUCGGAACCGGCCGUCGUGAGAGACGCCGCGGACGCGGCAACGGGUGAUGCAGGUCGCAACAGCGUCGCUCCCAUUUCCAGCAUGAAAUGCAACAAAAACGGAGAAUGCAGGAGGGACUCGGGUACCGGGAGCCUUCGCUCGAUCAUCUCCAAGCAGGAGAAGCAGACCGGCGGCGGGUCGGCGAGGGCCGAAGACGGAGGGAGCGCCAAGCGCGGAGCGUGUAACUCGACCAGCGCCAGCAUGGACGGCUCCAUCACGCCAGGCGGGUCCCUCGCCGGGGGGCACGCAGGCGAGGGCGCUACUCCCGUGCCCGAGAAAAAGGACCCCAAGGUGUCAUUCUCCAACGCACCCAGCCGGAAAGCCUCGUCGUCCCUGCACGGGCCGGGCCAGACCCCGCAGCCCAGGAACUCUGUCACUUUCCAGAAGCCGGAGGACGGACCCUCGAUUGUAGCCGCCGAGGAUGCAGAAGCCCGAGGCAGCCAGGCCAGCUUCAUGCAGCGGCAGUUCAGUAGUAUGCUGCAGCCGGGAGUCAACAAAUUCUCCUUACGCAUGUACGGCAGCCAAAAGGCUGUGGAGCGAGAGCAGGAGAGAGUCAAAUCGGCCGGGAAUUGGAUUAUCCACCCUUACAGUGAUUUCAGGUUCUACUGGGAUUUCACAAUGCUGCUGUUUAUGGUGGGCAACCUGAUAAUCAUCCCCGUAGGCAUCACCUUCUUCAAAGAGGAGACCACCACGCCCUGGAUCAUUUUCAACGUGGUCUCGGACACUUUCUUCCUCAUGGACCUAGUGCUCAAUUUCCGCACGGGAAUCAUCAUCGAGGACAAUUCAGACAUCAUUUUGGACCCUGAAACCAUUAAGAAAAAGUACCUAAAAACGUGGUUCAUAGUAGACUUCAUCUCAUCCAUCCCUGUGGAUUACAUAUUCCUCAUAGUGGAGAAAGGGAUUGAUUCUGAAGUGUACAAGACCGCUCGAGCCCUGAGGAUCGUCCGUUUCACCAAGAUCCUGAGCCUUCUGCGGCUGUUGAGGCUCUCUAGAUUAAUACGCUACAUACACCAAUGGGAAGAGAUCUUCCAUAUGACCUACGACCUGGCCAGUGCUGUGAUGCGGAUCAUCAACCUGAUUGGCAUGAUGCUGCUGCUGUGUCACUGGGACGGCUGCCUCCAGUUCCUGGUUCCAAUGCUGCAGGACUUCCCCUCUGACUGUUGGGUGUCCCUCAACAAAAUGGAGAAUGAUACUUGGUCUGAGCUGUACUCUUUCGCCGUGUUCAAGGCAAUGAGCCACAUGCUGUGCAUCGGAUACGGCCGCCAAGCCCCUGAAAGUUUGUCGGAUAUCUGGCUCACCAUGCUAAGUAUGAUCGUGGGAGCAACUUGCUACGCUGUCUUUAUUGGCCACGCCACAGCUCUCAUCCAAUCCCUGGACUCCUCCAGACGCCAAUAUCAAGAAAAGUACAAACAAGUGGAGCAGUACAUGUCCUUCCACAAACUGCCUGCCGACUUCCGUCAGAAGAUCCACGACUAUUACGAGCACAGAUACCAAGGCAAGAUGUUUGAUGAGGAGAGCAUUCUGGGAGAGCUCAGCGAGCCGCUCCGAGAGGAAAUUGUCAACUUCAAUUGUCGCAAGCUGGUGGCCUCCAUGCCCCUUUUUGCCAACGCAGAGCCAAAUUUUGUCACGGCUAUGUUGACUAAACUGCACUUUGAGGUAUUUCAGCCACAUGAUUACAUCAUACGGGAGGGCACCAUUGGAAAGAAAAUGUACUUCAUCCAGCACGGCGUGUGCAGUGUCAUCACUAAAGGCACACUCGCUAUGAAACUCUCUGAUGGCUCAUAUUUUGGAGAGAUCUGUCUGUUGACGAGGGGUCGACGGACGGCCAGCGUCCGAGCAGAGACGUACUGUCGACUCUACUCUCUAUCUGUCGACCACUUCAACGAGGUACUGGAAGAAUAUCCCAUGAUGAGACGAGCCUUUGAGACGGUGGCUAUUGAUCGUUUGGAUCGUAUAGGUAAAAAGAAUUCCAUCCUGAUGCACAAGGUUCAGCACGAUCUCAAUUCUGGUGUUUUUAACAACCGCGAGAACGAGAUGAUCCAAGAGAUCGUCAAAUACGACCGUGAGAUGGUGAAACUGGUGGACCUGCAGAGGCCACGGGCAAUGUCGAUGACUCCCUCCAUUGGUGGAAUCUUUGCUCCCCCUGGCCAGUCCCAGACCGGUUCUGCUAUUGCCACCCUCCAGCAGGCUGUCGCCAUGAGCUUCUGCCCUCAAAUGGCAAGUCCGCUAGUGGGCCCAGGGACUUUACAAUCUCCUCGUAUGGUGCGAAGGUUUCAGGUGAUGCAGAACUUACAAAGCCCAGUUUCCAUGUCUCCUCUUCAGUCACAACCCCCCCAGACAUUCGGAGGGGUAUUUGGAUCCGCAAUCUCCAGCCCGCCCGUCCAAAGCCCCUUAGCCACUUCUGGACGGACUUUCCAGUACAUGGCCAGCGUGGGCCCCUCAGGGUCCCAGUUGUCUUUAGUACAGCACCAUGUAUCCAGUCCCACACAGACCCAGCAGAGGCCUGCCUCACACAAGAGCACCCACUCGCUUCACACAGGGAGCUUGAGCCAGGAUACCCGUGCACUGUCUGCCUCCCAGCCUUCACUCCCCCAGGAGGGAGGGCCACAAGCUGCAUCUGCGGUCCCCAGUCCUCCUCCCUCGACCCGCACCUCCAAUACCUCCAUUGGACCCCCACACCCUAACGUACCUGGGCCCUCUGGGGUGGGGAGAUCAGGAGGCACACAACAGAGGGUAGCCUUUGCCUCCAUAACUCCUCCCAGUGGACUUGCUGCAACGGGGGCAGGAGCAGGGGCUGCUGGAUCAGGACCUCCAGACUCUGGCGUUCCCAAGAAAGAUUCAAUUGUCAGCCUUCCAGAGCUAGACUCUGCCAGAUCCCGGCUGUCUUCCAACUUGUGACCCUGGUCCAUUUCAGGAAAGAGGCCUUUUUUGUAGGUGAAUCUGUUUGUUUUGGGUCAGCCUCAGUAAUCCCAAUUACUAUUCGGCUGUUGCUGGUGCCACUAGUCAUCGGGGCUGCAACAUGUCUCAAUGUCUUGGGACUUUGAGCGAGGAGAAGUCUAUACAAUGAAACCAGUAUUACAUGAGGAUGAACUGGUCUAGUCUACUGUUCCAGCACCUUUAUUCUUAGUAUCACCCCUUACACUCUGCUUCCAAACACCUACUGUAUAAACAUUGUCUUUAUUGUCAAGAUAUUUAGAAAGGUAUGAUUAAUGUAACAUUUGCAUACUGUGUAGAAUCCAUGCAAUGCAAUCUAGCAGGAGCUGGACGAAAACAUGAAAAUCAGGGACUUGAGGUCAAAUGACAAUGACAUUUUAAAUGUUUAAGAGUUUGAAGUGUAUUUUCAUUUCCGUGUAAACCGUCGUAGCAGAAUAACACAUAGCUCUUCAUUUUGUUUCAAAUACUGUAGUAGUGGGGAAAAAAAAUGUUGUAGACCGCUGGUCGAUCUUACAUCAAAGUGUAAAUAUUUGAUAAAAAAAAAAAAAAAAAGUGUACGGAGGAAUAUUAUAUUCAUUGUAUCUAUCCAAACCAAAGUUGAGCUUGAACACAAAGUCUGGUUGUGUCUGUAUCAACUAAAAAAAAAAAGAAACCUAGAAGAAAAUGCCAUUUAUUUAACUGCCUUGAUUCAAUGUUAGAAGCCAUAUAUUUGAUUUGUGAGUGUGUAUAUUCGUGGGUGUACGUCUGUGUGCGUGAAUUUGUUGGUAUGUUUUGAGCUUUUGUUUUUGGAGAACGGACACACGCUCGCGCUCCCUCUCUCUCUCACACACACUCACUCUGCUUCGUCAGGGCUAAUUAGUUUAGCAUGCAGGAAGCAUUGCUGACCACUUCUCGUGAAACAUCUGCCAAGCGGUCUGACGUAUUGCUCCGCAUUCUGAUUGUAAGCCUGGAGGCAAAGGCGCUUAAAUAAUUCCAACUUUAUCGAAAGGAGACAUCGGAGAACAUCCCAUAUUGUAUAUUUGCUUGUGUUUGUCUAGGUUUAUUGAUUAACACAUGCAAUAUAAUUCUGCAAUACUCUACCCCGCCUAUAUAUAUAAAUAUAUAUGUAUACAUGAAUAUAGAUAUCUAAACGUAAGCUGUACAGGAAAGUGAUUUCGUUCUCUUUCUUUCUUAUUUUUAACGUGAAAUUUUAAAGAAUCCAGCAGCUGUUGUGGCUUCACUUGAGCUAUUGUAAUCCAGUGACCAUGUUGUUACCUUAACCAAAAAUAUUUGAAGGGAUUGGAGGCUGUGCGGUUUCAUUUUAGGAAGAAAAAAACAAUUCAACAACAGAAAAAAAAAAAGUUAUUGAGCAACAAUACGAAUCACACGUUGUUGUCACUUUAAACCUCAUCCUAGUGAGUUCGCUUGUCCAUGCGGGGGCAUUGGAGUAAAACAUGGCAACGCCUUGAAAAAUAACUGCUCCAGCUGGAACUCAAUUGACCGCAAAUGUCCCCAAACUACAAUGAAUGUCUCAACAUUUUGGUUCAAAAUGAGUAUUCCAAUCCGAAGAAUAAGUUUGGUUCUAAUUCUUCUCAAAAUAGUCACGUUCUUCUCUUACCGAAUGUAUGCCAUACGUAGAGGACGAUAGCUAAUCAGAUACGAACUGCCAUGUAAAUAAAGGGAUGAUCAUUUGAAUAGGCUUUUAUGAUGCAAGGAGGUUGCUGUACGUUGUUGCUGUGUGUUUUUAAGAAAUCUUGGUGACGCCUCUCCAGGUUGUUGUGUUUGUCCCGUAUACUACCACCAACACCCCAUCACCACGUCAAACAAUCUUUAAAAAAACUACAAUCAAUUUAGUGAGGUCAAACAAGAGCAAUGAGGAGGAGGAGGAGGAGGUUCUGUUAACAAGCUCCUUGUGUUGCACCACAACCUUGUAAUCAAAAUGAAAAUCAAUGCUCCAUUCUCCCAAAAUGGUUCCAUGACUUCUCCUGGACCAAUUAUGUGGUUAAGUCGGAGAAAAGUGGAUUCAAUUCCAUUUUGUUCGGCAGCUGAUUUAGUGUGUUCCACAAACAACGCCUUUUCCACCCCCCCACCCCCAUUAGCAUUGAUCCUGAGUCUAACUAGAAAAACUGAUGCGAUGGACUUAUCACUCAGGUUUGCUUUCUUUCUAGAGAAAGAUAUGUAUUGAUUGCUGCAGUGCAAGUGGGCCAUUGAUUGACGUACACUUGUCUAUUCUCCCCAUAAUCAACGCGCUGAUUGAACCAUGCGACGCCUUUCGUUUAAAAAUUGCCCCAUCCGAGUAACCAACCCUGAAAUUGGUGCCGCAGUACUUCACCGUGUGAUGUUGACAGGUUUUAACCACGUCUUGAGAACCCUUAAAACAAGGUGUAGGUGAUUGUUUUUGUUUUUAUUUUUUAUCUAAGGGCUUCAUCUCAUAGCUUGAAAAAUGUUAUUUUUUUAAUGUCGGACAUCUUCACGUUGUGUUCAGUGACUAACAUGCACUAAACCUUUGUCAUAGUGGGUCACAUUGAUGUGGCCCGCAUUCAUCAGCAACCUUCUAUUGCUUUUUUUUCCUAUGGGAAAGGUACAGUACAUGCCGAAAGGCCAAUACGAUUGUGAAUGAAUCGAGUCAGUUUGAGUCCGUAGCUUUUUUUUUGUGUUCCUCACUGCUGUUCCGGUGUGAUCAAUUGGUCCUCUUCCCUGUUCCUGUUAUGCUAAUACCAGAGUUUGCCCUAUUAAGCUGCUAUCAGGACUGUGCUGAUAUGAAUUGAAAGGGUCCACAGUCAGUGAGAGCAAAGACGGUUGGAGAGCUAAAGAGCUAAUGUUUCAGGCAAUAUCAGACACUAUUCCAUUGCAUCCAUUCAGUAACUAGUACAAAACUCACUCCCUUGGAAAGGAUGACAUCCCAGAACUAGAACCCUUGACCGAUAUGGGCAAGCAAAUACACGCUUUGGGUCUGAUAGUGUCGUAUAACUGUGUCCAUCCCCACUCCUGCCCCAACUUGGCGGGGGGG